AUCACACACACGCACACACGCGCGCAGCACGCACGCGCACAGAGGGCAGCGCUCCACACAGUCACCGCGGAUUACAACCUCCAGCGUCCAGCUGCCUGGAUGUUUACGUAACGGACCGUCUCUUCACCAGCUCCGGGUCAAACAGCGCGCCGUGCACGUUCGACACCGCAACUCGCGCGUUUUCACUAUUUUCCACGUUUGAUAACGCGAAGAAGCGCGCGAGCCUGCCUCUUUAACCCAAGGAGCAACCGGGCCACGCCGGCACGAGCCUACGUUUCGUCACAUCUCGGGGCUUAGCGCGAAGGAGUAGCGUGUGUGUGUGUUUCACGUUGUGUGUGUUUGUUGUUUUUCGGGCGGGCGAAGAUACGACCGCGCGCGCGAGCAGGCGGCCCGAUGGCGUUUUGACCCGUCUGCGCGGUUUUGACCAUGAACCGCGCGGACGGCCAGCCGCACCGCCGCCCGCCCUCGCCGAGGACCCCGCUCUGGAUGUAGAAUCGCCGAGAACCGCGCGCGCGUGUAUGUGUGAGUGAGUGCGUGCGUGUGCGCGUGUGGAUGGUGCGCGCGAGCGGACAGCAUGGGGAAAGAUCAGGAACUCUUGCAGGCGGUGAAAACCGAGGACCUGCUGACGGUCCAGCGGCUGCUGCAGAGACCCAGACAGGGCAAGUCCAAGCUCCUGGGUUCUGCCAAGAGGGUGAACGUGAACUUCCAGGACACUGAUGGGUUCUCAGCUCUUCACCACGCUGCUCUGAAUGGUAAUUUGGAGCUGAUCUCUCUGUUGCUGGAGUCACAAGCCAUUGUUGACAUCAAAGACCAGAAAGGGAUGAGGCCGUUACACUAUGCUGCCUGGCAGGGAAAAUGUGAGCCAAUGAAAAUGCUGCUAAAGGCGGGAUCAUCAGUCAACAGCCAAUCAGAUGAAGGGCAGAUUCCACUGCACCUCUCGUCUCAGCAUGGCCAUUAUGAUGGAAGCGAGAUGCUGCUGCAGCACCAGUCUAACCCAUGUAUCAGAGAUCACGCAGGAAAGACCCCUCUAGACCUGGCCUGUGAAUUUGGACGAGUCUCGGUGGUGCAGUUGCUUCUGAACAGUAACAUGUGUGCUGCCAUGCUGGAGCCCAAGCCCUCUGAUCCCAAUGGAAUCAGCCCUCUCCACCUGGCUGCCAAGAAUGGACACAUUGACAUUAUCAAGUUACUGAUCCAGGCUGGUAUAGAUAUAAAUAGGCAGACGAAGUCUGGCACAGCACUGCAUGAAGCCGCCCUUUGUGGUAAAACUGAUGCUGUGCGGCUACUUCUGGAUAGUGGGAUCAGUGCCAGUGUGAGGAACACGUACUGUCAGACAGCGCUGGACAUUGUUAACCAGUUCACCACGACACAGGCCAGCCGAGAGAUUAAACAGAUGCUGAGAGAUGCCUCCGCUGCCAUGCAAGUGAGGGCGCUGAAAGAUUACUGCAACAACUAUGACCUGACAAGCCUCAACAUCAAAGCCGGUGACAUCAUCACGGUCCUGGAGCAGCACUCUGACGGCCGAUGGAAGGGUUGCAUCCACGACAACCGCACAGGAAACGACCGUGUAGGCUACUUCCCGUCCAACAUGGUGGAGGUCAUCAAGAGGGCAGGACCCUCUACUCAACAGUAUCUUAAGAUACAGAUCCGUCCGCCGGCAAUUGGCUCAGUUGCCAUGGUGAACGGUGACUCCUCCCACAUUCUCUCUCUACCCCUGACUCCCCCGCCCCCUCCUACCCUGAUCUCUUCCCAUCAGCCCCUCUUCACCUCAUUCGGGUAUAACACACCCACCUGCAGCUCAUUUGCGUAUGAACCGCCCUCCUCCCGCUCAGAGGAGCCGAAAAAAGAGACAGGUUCCAGAGGGUCCGUGUCAAGCCCCCAUGGCUCUCCAACUCUGAGUGGUCAGCAAAGCAGUGCAAAUGAGGAGAUUUGGGUACUAAGGAAACCUCUUGCUGGUGGCGGCAGUGGCGGCAGCAUGGGCAGUACAGGCAGCCUGACCAGUGGCCGUUCGUCCAUCAGUGGUCCAGUGGACAAUGCGAAUGCUCACCUCACCAACUCACCUGUGCCUGUGCCAACCACUCCUACACAUUCGCCAGGGGUAAACACACAUGGCCUCAAUGUACCAGGACUACACGCACAGGCGGAAGGGGUGAAGUUGUUGGCCACAGUGUUGUCUCAGUCAGCCAAAGCAAAAGAGCAUCUUCUGGAGCAGUCCCGUUCUGUGGACCAUAGCCCAGCUUCCUCACAGCUUACCCAGAGUGCGCCUGGUGGCCCCCGUUCAGAGAAAAAGAAACCAUUUGUGGAUCCUUUACUGCAAAGGAAGGACAGCACUUCAGCAGAGAGCAAGAGCUCAGAGGCAGUCGCUGAAUGGCUUACAAGUGCUCAGCUGCAGUUUUACACAACUAACUUCCUGACUGCCGGAUAUGACCUACAAACCAUCAGUCGGAUGACUCCAGAGGACCUCACAGCAAUUGGGGUGACAAAACCUGGACACAGGAAGAAGAUGUUAUCAGAAAUCAUCAAAUUGAACAUCCCUGAUUGGAUACCUAAAGAGAAACCUACCAGUCUGGCUGAGUGGUUGUCUCUGAUUGGACUGAGUCAGUACUAUCAGACACUUGUUCAGAAUGGCUAUGACAACAUGGACUUUGUCAGUGACAUCACCCUGGAGGACUUACAGGAGAUUGGAAUCACCAAACUGGGACAUCAGAAGAAGUUAAUGUUGGCUGUUAACAGGCUUGGUGAACCUCCAAAAGAGGAAGGAACUCCUGGCAAAGACAGCCAGUCUGAAGAAAGCACAGAUACAAAACAACCAGCAGCUGCAGAUGUGAUCAGUAACGUGUCGGAGGUCAAAUCCACCCCUGCUCCAAGGACACGUAAGGGAUCGGAGGGGCGUGGGUCUCCCCGGCACACCGCGCAAGGGCGGGGCAUACAGAGAGCAAAUGCCCCUCCUCCACUCAAGAAACCUGGGUCAUACGAUAGCCCCACCCACACCCCGCCACAUACGCCCACUAAAGGCAAAACCUCCUCCACUCACACAAACUCUCCCACGCAUACUCCUGGCUCACCCAUGAGAACGCAAAGCAGGCCAAGGGGGCCAAACGACUCUCCCCGGGUGCAUAGUCAUGGUCGCGCCGUGCCGUUACUCUGCCUUCCACCUGAAGGUGGCACCGAGGAUGAGGAGGACCAGACUCCACCCUUGCCCAGGCGGAUCAUGCGCAGUGGAACGCCUGUAGUUACCGAAGUUCCAGAGCGUGUCAAAGAAGAGCUUCCUUUGCCUGAUUGUUCUGUGAAAUAUGCCACGCUAGGUGGUGUUAACCGAAGCAGUUCCGGUAAAGGUCCCGCCGACACCCUUGAUGUCAGCGGUGUCAACCGCAGCCAGUCCUUUGCUACCACACGCCCUCGCAGGAGGACACGCCCUCCCACCCCACCCAAGCGCUCCUGCUCCUCUAUCUCCACUGGCAACCUGGCCGACGAGGCGGCUAUGUCUAACGAAAGUGGAACAGGUCGAGGCCAACAUAGUGAUUCGUUCCUUAGCGUGAACUACAGGGAACGCCGCCGUAGUGACUGUGGCAUUGCCUCAGAAUCGACCUCAUCUGGGGGCAGUGUGAGAGACAUUGCUGCCAUGCUUGAAAUGUCCAAAUUAGGAGGUGGAACCAAAGGAACUGGCAACAAUUACCUGCAGGCAAGUCCAGACCUCCUGCGGCGUAACCGCGACACUCUGAGCUCAGACGAAGACAUGCAGACCCGUCGUCGCACCAUCAGUGGCCCCGUCACUAGCUACACAGACACCCAGCUUAAUAACACCCAAGAAGGUGACACUACUUCACAUUCUUACACCACACAAGCAAACCUGGAGACAACACGAAUCGUGGAGGAGGCCGCACCGCAGAAACAAGCACCAAUGCGGCAGGCACCAGAGCCCCGCCCUCGCUCCAUGCUAAGUCACCUGGAAGGAGGUGUCCCUUCCCUCCCUCAGGAGGAGUGGUCACGAAUGGACGCCACAGCAACAUUGAGAAGACCCCGGCCACCCCAUGACUCAGACGGUGAGAGGUUCCAGCUCACUGAGACCAGUACAAUACGGCGCCGCCCGAAGGCGCUAGGGACCCCACAGAGGAAGGGCGCAGAGAACGGUCCCGAAAGCACCCGCAGGAGGCCGGUAUCAGAAGCUUGUGCUGGGGAAGGCAGUGAAGGGGAACUGCGGCCAGAUGAUUUCAGAAGAGUGCUGAAGCCACCAGUUUCUCCCAAACCUUCGCUCGCCCUCAAGAAGCCUGAUCCUCCAACGCCCACCAGGAGGGUGCCACUUCCUGGACCAGAAGGCCAGCACAGCCCAGUGGAAGUCAAAAAGAUCCCACCACCAGUGUCUCCAAAACCAAGCCCACCUCCAACGCUUCCCAAACCAGUGAAAAUGAAGCCAGUUCAGACCCCAGGAUCUUCCCCAGCUCCUCAGCCACAAAUUCUCACCCCACCUAGUGCCCUAAACACACACGCAUCCUCCCCUACCACUCUUCUCCCUGAGCCAGCGGAGUACCCCGCCCUCUGCCCUGUGAUUCCAAAGCCAGUGGAGACUUACACUCUCUCUCCACGGGCUGCGACCUCUCCUGCUCAGAGCCCGCAGACACCCCAAACCCCCCAAACUCCCCAGACCCCUUCCACCCCUGGGUCAGGCUCAGCGCCAGUAAAGCCCCCAAGGUCCUCCAUGGCAGGCCUUUCUGUGGAUAUUCCCGGCCCUCUGGAAGUAGAGCUGGCUGGGGUGGAGGCCAUGCAGCAGAGGCUGAGGGAGGUGGAAGAGGAGCAAAAGAGGGAGAGAAAAGAGGACAGAAUUGAUGGCACUGGCCAGAGCCAAGUGAGGAGAUCUUCUGGAGAGGGUUUUGGAGGGAGUGAUGUCACAAGAAGUGCUGAAGGGUCAGGGCAGGUUGUGAUGAGGAGGAGAAAAGUGGGCAUGGCCAGGCAACCACAGGUUGAGGGCGAGCUUGAAGGCUUAAGGCAAGACGGAGGUGUGAGAGCAGAGGCAGUCCAGCAGGGGGUGCUGGAGGCUGAAGCAGCAGGCUUGUUUGGAGGCCAUGCAGCAGGAGACAUGACCCAGUUCAGGCUGGAGGAGACCAGUGCCUCCCUAGCUGCUGCUCUGGAAGUGGUGGAGGAGAAGAUCAAGAAGGAGGACAAUUCUGUGGUGGAGAACAAGACCACAGUCAACAUUCUGGAUGACAUCGGGAGCAUGUUCGAUGACCUAGCUGACCAGCUGGAUGCCAUGUUGGAUUAAAAAAAAAAGAAAAAAAAAGCACAAGACAGAAUUGCCAAGCCUAGACUUCUUUUUGGUCUGUAAGCACCAAACCUGCUCAAGCUUAAGCACAUCCCGGUGAGUUGAGCAAGUCCGAGUUAAACAAGGACUCGUUGAUUCCAACAAGAAGAGGUGGAGAUGCUGGGGUGUGGAGCCCUUGAGUUUUGAAGAUAAAGAGCUUCGGAGCCUGGUGGUUGACGUAAGCAUCCGGCAACGUCAGUACCAUCCCGAGUGUUUCUCCUGCCCUUCUCGCCCAUGUUUGUCCAAGGUUCGGAGCCAUGGUCCUCAGCUCGAGCUUGGAGCUACUGACUGCUAUCAUGCUGCUUCCAGAGAUAAGCACAAUUUAAUGCUAACAAGCUAUUUAAAUUCCAUUUAGGUCGAGAAACACGAGCAUCGUGUCGGAGUGUGCGUUUGUAUGUAUGUAUGUACCAUUUGUAUGUGUGGCUUUGGUGUUUCCUUUAACGAUGUUAUGGUCCGAUGGCCGAUUGUGUAUUUGUUUUUAAACGAUUAAUGGAAACCUAAACAUUUAUUGUGCUCUCUGGGAAACCAGCUAAGAGGUUCGCUAUGGCUCAUAACUGACUGCAAAGGGGAACUCCUGACGAUCAUGCCCAGCCCGUCUCUCCUUGGGAUCCCCCAGAGGUGAAGAUCAUUUGCGUUAACUUAAAAGCAAAAGUAGGAAAAACACAAUUUGAUGGUCUUGAGAAGACCAACCUGGUUUUCCUCUUCCAUGUAGUGGAUUUCCGAGUUCCCCUUUGUCAACGAUUAAAAGAAAAAGAGCUCUGGACAUUGAGAUAUAUCGUGAUAUUUACGUUGUCGUUGUUGUUCGUGUGUGUGAAUGUGUGACCGUGUUUAAUUGUGUAGUUUUUUUGCAUUGACAAAUCCCACUUUUCAGCAGAUAGAGUGGUGUUAUACAUAGAUAUAGGCUGAAUGCAGAAUAAGAUGCUGGACGACAGUGUAAAUACGACAUAUAGAUUACAAUUAUCAUUCAUAGAGUAGAAUUUGGAAUGCGAUAACCUGGAAUGCAACAGGUGCCCACUCAGUCCCAAUCAAUGCGAUCAAAUGACAAACGUUGGUGUGUUUGGGUGAGUGAGAGGAGUUUAGCGUGUGUGUGUGUCUGUUUGAGAGACCAAAUGAGAGGAUGUGUUUUGCAUAUGUGUUGGCCCAUUAAAGAAUGCUUGCAUUCUUGUUCUGUGACUGCACAGAGAAGACAUCAUUUUUAUUGACGAUAACAAAUCGGCGUAGUCUAUGUAAGAGACUAAAAAUGACAUAAUUAAACGUGAAGUCGUUGCAAGAAGCUUAAAUUUACAGAGCAAUAUUUUCUAUCAACUCUCCAUGUUGAUGAUUUAGUUUUAUAAAUAACCGUCAAAGCCAGCCAUCUUGAGUAUAGCAGACAGCUGAACCUAACAUCAUCUCCAACCGUCAUGACAAUCCUCUAUCAUGUGCUUGAUUAUCUGCAAAGUCAAUGAGAUGGACAUUAGAGUAUUGAACCUUUUAUCAUGUAAAAUAUAUGUAAUAUUCCAGUUGUUAUUUUGUGUAAACGCUCAACUGGCUAAUGUGUUUGACCCUGGUGAUCCUUGCAGACCUCUUCCAUGUAAAGAACAUUGAGAGUAUGUGGAAUUACGAUAAAUAAACUUUAUGAAUUAUGAAUACAAA